AUGCCAACAGGUGUGCUACCCCAGCGCUCAGAAGAACCUGGCUCGAUUCCAGGAAAAAAAAGUAGUCGGCCCUCCAGGAGGAAGUUCGGCGCGGGUGCAGGGACGCACACCCUAGCCGCUGCCCGCUGGUCACCCACUCUCUCCUCGCGGCUGAGCCAACCCGGCGGCGGCGGGAGCGCCGGGCGCAGGGGACGCGAGCGCCGCUGGGAGGUGAGGCCAGCUCCCCAGGGCGCGGGGCGGACGCUGGGGCGGCCUUCCCAGGUAUCCACCAAGUCCGGCGGCGUGGAGGAGCGCUCUCCCCGGCUCCGAGAGGAGGUAGAUGGGAAGAACCAGGCGCCCCAGUGGGGCGUGUCCCUAACGCGGGGCUGCGGCGGCUGGGCCCGCCGGUGCAACCGCGGCGGGGAGAGGGGAGAGAGCUGGGGUAGGAUACGAGAAAUGGGGGAGAACCAUCCGGGGGCGGGAACUGCGCAGUAG